ACUGUCCACGGACUCUGCUAGCUUUCCGUUCCCUUCUUUUUACUUUUCCCUGUGUUUACCAAACACACCCUUCUCUCUCUCUUUCUUCUUAUGGCCCUACGUGCUUUCAUCUUCUCCACUUGUCGGUGGGGACUACGACAUAGCGCAUUGCAAUAUUAAUUGCGUUUCUCUGUCUCUUUCCGCCUCCGGUUACGGUUGCCCUCCGGCAAAUUGAAAGCUUCUCCUCCCCUCUCUUCUGCUCCGACGUUCCAUGCACCGUCCGAACUCUGUCAGUCUGUCCUCAACUUGUCAUAGUUAUCCUCCUUUGAAGCUUUGAAGUAUUCAAGCCGUGCUGAGCAGAAUAAUGGACCAUAAGACUUGGCUUUGGAGGAAAAAAUCGUCAGAGAAAUUGAUUCUUACACCUGACAAAGCAAACCACUCGCAGAAAGGCAAUGAGGAAGAGACUCUUGUGGACAAUAAAGGAGAAUUGGAAAAUGAGAUGAAAAUUUUGAAGGAUAAACUCUCUUCUGCCCUCUCUGAGUGUAGUGAGAAAGAUGAACUUGUCAAAAACCAUGCAACAAUGAUGCAGGAAGCUGUUGCUGGCUGGGAGAAGGCUAAAGUGGAGAUAGCAUCUCUAAGACAAGACCUUGAUACAGCCUUGCAGCAUAGAGUUGUCAUGGAAGAAAGAUCUACUCAAUUAGAUGCUGCUCUCAAGGAAUGUAUGCAACAAUUACGCUUUGUUCGGGAAGAACAAGAGCAAAGAAUUCAUGAUGCUGUGAUGAAGGCAUCAAACGAAUAUGAAAAAUCUCAGAUGCUUUUAGAGGAGAAGUUGGCAGAUACCAGCAAAAGGCUUUCUAAAGUGGGGGCUGAGAAUAGCAAUAUAAGUAAGGCUCUCUUAGCAAAGGAAAAACAGAUUGAAGAUUUAAACAAACAAAGGGCUCAGAUGGAGGCAGAUUUUAAUGCACUGAUGACAAGACUAGAUUCCAAAGAGAAAGAAAAUGCUUCUCUAAAAUAUGAGGUUCGAGUGCUUGAGAAGGAGGUUGAGAUUAGGAAUGAAGAGAGAGAAUUUAACCGCCGAACAGCUGAAGCAUCACACAAGCAACACUUAGAGAGUGUGAAGAAAAUUGCUAAGCUAGAAUCAGAAUGUCAAAGGCUACGCCUCCUAGUCAGAAAGAGGUUGCCAGGUCCUGGUGCCUUGGCUAAAAUGAAAAAUGAAGUUCAAAUGCUUGGGAGGGACUCAGCAGAAAUUAGAAGGAGAAAGUCAAAUUCUACUGCUGGUGAGGUCAUGAAUGACUAUGCAGUCGAUGACUUCCAAGAAGCUCCUGGAAAAAGGAUAAGCAUCCUAAUGGAGCAGUUAUGUGCUAUGGAAGAAGAAAACAAGGUUCUCAAGGAAGCCCUUAUUAAGAAAACCAAUGAACUUCAAUUCUCAAGAGUCAUGAAUGCUCAAACAGCUUCCAGAUUAUCAGAUGUUGAAUCACGGCUUGAAGAACCAUCAAAAUGUCAGACAAACAUGGAGCCAACCAGGAAAAGUGUCAUUCAACAUCAACUUUCUCUGGUAUCCAUGUCUGAUAUUAGCAGCGAUGAUAAGGCUAGCUGUGCAGAGUCCUGGGCUUCUGCUUUAAUUUCUGAAUUGGAGCAUUUCAGGAAUGGAAGAUUGACGGGGUUGCCAUCAUGCAAAAGUGUAGGAUCCUCAGACAUAAAUCUGAUGGAUGACUUUGUUGAAAUGGAAAAAUUAGCAUUAGUUUCUGUUGAUAAGCCAUCUGGGAAUCUUCUUGUCUCUUCAGAGGAAGGAAAUAUCCCUAUUGGUCCCUUGCAUAAUGGGGCAGGUAGAAAUUAUUCAGAGGCAAUGCCAAGAAAGGUAGUUAGUGUUCCUGACAGUCAAGCUGACUUCAGUGUCUUAAACAGGAAAUCAGACUCCAAAAAUCCAUCUAUUUCUAGAGUUCCUGAUUGGCUUCAGGAUAUACUGAAAAUAAUCUUGGAGCAAAACCGUGCAACAAAAAGAAACCCAGAUGACAUACUUGAGGAUAUUAAAAAAGCUUUGGUAUGUAUAAUCCAUCUGAAGACUGGUGAAUUUCUUUAUGAAAAGGAGAAACCUUCAAAUGUAUCUUCAUGGAUGGAUUCUUUUGGUGGGAAUACUGACAUUGACAUUUCAUUGGCAAAGAAGAGCAGCCAGCAGUUCCAGUCUGAUCUGAGUAAAUCAUUAUGCAGAAUAAUUGAGCUUAUAGAAGGAAUCAACCUGCCAUUGCCAGACUACAGUAUCCCAGAGACAUUGUCAAAGGAGGAAAACCAUUUGUCAGACAAGCACUCAGAAACCCCUUCAGGCUACAUGGUUCGUGUUUUCCAGUGGAAAACUUCUGAACUCUGCACUGUUUUGCGGCAAUUUGUACAUGCUUGUUAUGAUCUGUUGAAUGGAAAGAGUGACCUCAAAAAAUUUGCCCAAGAGUUAACUUCUGCUUUGGACUGGAUCAUGAACCAUUGCUUUUCCCUUCAAGAUGUUUCAAGCAUGAGAGAUGAAAUUAAGAAGCACCUUGACUGGGAUGAGUCACGAAGUGAAAGCGAAACAGAAGUUGGAGUUGUUGGUCAUUUUGCAGUAGAAGAUAAGUCACAGCUCCCUGCUCCAUAUCGUCAAAAAGCUCUCUUCCAAAACAAGCAGUCUAAUGUGAGAGAAGAUAUAAAAAAUUUAAGUGAUGAAUUGAUUAAUAUUGAAGCUGAAAACAAAAAUCUGAAGGAGAAGCUCCAUUCAACUGUCAAUCCAAGGUACUCUCACAUAAAUCAACUGGAUGAAUCAGAAAAAACCAUUGCAGACCUGCAGACAGAGUUAGAAACUUUGAAGAAAGCAAAGGGAAUGAUUGAUGGUCAACUUGAAAAACCAAUCUUGAUCAAUGAAGAUUUCAACACACAGCCUGCAUUGACAAAAGUGGAACUAAAUGAGGCUAGUCAAAAAUUUCCAACUGCCAAAUUUGAAUCAGAGAAUAAAAGUAUCUGCUCUGUAGAGCCAGCGGCCACACUUCUAGAGGGUGUUACAAAGGAAAUCCCAAAUUCUGAAGUCAAGAAGGAAGAAAGACAUCUUCGAGCUGACUGGGAGAUCUCAGCUGCUUCAGAAAAGUUGGCUGAAUGCCAAGAAACUAUUCUUAACUUGGGGAAGCAGUUAAAGGCAUUGUCAUCUCCAAAAGAAGCAGCCCUCUUUGACAAGGUCAUUUCCAGCCCUUCCAAUGCAAUCACAACAGCCUCUGCAACCUCAAGCCAACCUGAGAACAAGAUGACCAGCCAGAGGUCCUCUCUACUGGAUCAGAUGUUAGCCGAAGACACUGCAGAAGCGAAGGUUCUCAAGUCUCCUAAAACCAAACAAAAUAAUGGCAACUCUGAUUCUUCUUCCAUUACUAAUGGCCCAUUAGAGUCAUUAGAAAAUGUCUUUGUUUUAAAUGAAUCCAAACAUGAGAAAGACGAUGGUACAAUUAAAUCUUUAGCCAUUGUUCCCAGCAAAAAACAAGGUCGGAACUUGUGGAGAAGGUUAUUGUGGAGGAAAAAGAAAGGUAACAGCAAGAAAGCUGCCCUACAAGUUGCUCCACCACAGUUAAUUACAUAGAAGAAAGUUAAGGUGAUAAAUAGCUCACCUUUUUCUUUUGCUGGAUUUUGGAGUGCAAAUAAAUAAAGUUUUCCCUUUGAUGAGACAGAGAGCUGGUUGUAUGUUCUACUGCUGUAUAUAUAACUGAAACCCAGAAAAGGAGAACUGAUCAACAUUGAAGGAAAAAUAGCAUGAAGUAUUGUGGAAUGUGGAGUUUUGACAGUUUGGCAUGAGAAUGUUUUGUGAAGGAGCUUGACUUGAGGUUUUCUUGUGAUUUUUCUUCAUGUGUUCUUGCUAAUACCAUUGAUUUUCCUGUACUUGAUAAACAAUAAGAAUAAGAUUAUGUUUGGUGUGCUAUUGGAACAGUUGAUCAACCAUUGUAGAGAUCAUAUGCCUCAAUGAAUGCUUUGAAGAACAUUUCCUUGUAUUUGAAUCGCGAAAAGAAAGAAUACAGAUUUGUGUUGAUGCCAAACUACAAUAAAAAGGAGGUCAAGCA